UUGCUCCCCGGAGAAGUUCUUCUUCUUCUUCUUCUUCUUCUUCUUCCUCGCCAGCAGUGAUUUGUCGCCUUCGCCCCGGGAGUCCUGCUCGUUUUUAUUGAGGAUGUUGAGCGGAGUGAGCGGUGAGUCAGGAAUAUGAGGAAACCUCGCGGCCGGCGGUGACGUCGGGGCGGUGCUUUCCUUUAUUUCGCAGGUCAAAAUCCGUUACACGCCGCUCGUCUUCGGAGGAACUGACUCUCUGCUGUCGCCGCCCGCGCGCGCCGAGGAACCGCUUCGAAAAGGCUGUUUUUUUUAAACUUUUAACUUUAACCACAAGUCCUUUGUUCUUCAACCCAUCUCCACCGGGCUAACCUAUCCCCCCCCCCGCACGACGAUGUUGGAAAAGUUGCCCGCGGAGGGUCGACGUUUUUCCGGAAGGACUCGGUGGACUUCGGCGGCGCUCGCGGCGGCGCUGCUGGGCGCGCUGGCCUCGUGCUGCUGGGCGGAGGAGGCGUCCUGUCACGGCGCUUACGACCUCUACUUCGUUUUAGACAAGUCCGGGAGCGUCCACGACAACUGGGGCGAGAUCUACUCCUUUGUGAAGAACCUCACCGACAGAUUCGUGAGCCCCAGGAUGAGAGUCUCCUUCAUCGUCUUCUCCACUCAAGCUAAAGUCCUGCUGCCUCUGACUGGAGACAGAAACGAGAUAGAAGCAGGUCUGAAGAGCUUACGGGAGGUGAAACCGGUCGGGGAAACGUACAUGCACGAGGGGAUCAAAGAGGCCUCGUCUCAGAUACGGACGCACGGCACCAAGUCCGCCAGCAUCAUCCUGGCUCUGACGGACGGGAAGCUGGAGGUUUACGUCCACGAGCUCACAGUGAAAGAGGCAGAAGAGGCGAGGAAAUUCGGCGCCCGCGUCUACUGCGUCGGCAUCAAGGACUUCGACGAGCAGCAGCUCGCCGAAAUCGCCGACACCAAGGACCAAGUGUUUCCUGUCAAAGAUGGCUUCCACGCGCUCAAAGGCAUCGUCAAUUCU